AUGUCUUCGAACUCGACGGCCUCCGCAAUCCCUUAUUGGGAGUCCCCAGAUUACAAAGGCGACAAAGUUCGAGAUCUCAAUGCAUCGCUGAUCGCAAUCACAACGGUGAUCGUUGGUCUCAGAUUGUAUACCAGAGGAUUCGUCUCUAAGACAUUUGGAGUCGAUGAUGUGCUGGCAUCCAUCGCUUUUGCUUUGAUCGUUACACAAUCUGCGCUUGACAUUCGGUCUGUCAACUAUGGCAGUGGCGCGCACAUUGAAUACGUCCCUCCUCACCUAGUGCCGCUAUUUUUCUCCGCACUAGUAAACAACACUCUGAUCUACUUCAUUGGCACUGGCUUGAUGCGAUUGUCAAUCGUGGCAUUCCUUCCUCGACUAGCGAAAGACUUGAGCUCUCCAUUGUUUUUGAAGCUAGUCUAUACAACUGGGUUUGUUAUUGUCUGCCAGACUUUGGUAUGCUUCUUCUAUCGCUUGACAGAAUGCCACCCUAUCAUAGAUAUUUGGAAAGUCCCGACAACUCCCGGCCUUAAAUGCGUGUCGGCACAGCAAGAGCAGAACAAUUUGAUAGCACAUCAGGCUAUUGGUAUCAUUGUUGAUUUUGCGCUCUUUGCAUUGCCAAUCUGGGUCAUCAAUAGCAAGAUGAUGAAGUCUGCGAAGAAAGUCCAAGUCAUUCUUGUCUUCUCUGUGGGUUUGUUUGUUGUGAUAACAGGAGUUGUACGCAUGGUCAUGUUGAAUACGUUGCUCUUCUUGGCAGACCCAACAUUUGCUAUGUCCACCAUUGGCCCAUGGACAGAUUUGGAAGGCCAUGCAGGACUUUGGGUCGCUUCCUUCCCUGCCUUACAACCUCUCAUUCGCACGAUGUCUUACAAACUCGGCCUUCGCAGCGCUCUUCAGAGCUACGGUCAGAGCAGCGGCGGAAAGAACAACAAGUCAGGAGCAAAGGUACCUGGCGGAUCCAACAAUUGGGCUAGCACAGUUCCACGCAAAAGUGGAUACGCAAAGAAUGGAAGCGGCAUUGAUCUUGACGAUGGGAGUGAGCGAGGAAUUGUAGCUGGUGAUAAAAGCGACACGGAAUUGGACAACCUCAGCGCAGACUCUACCCACAUCCACAAAAAAGUCGACUAUGAUGUUCGAGUAGAGGAAAUACCAAGAGGUGACUAUGACGAUCCUCGUCGCGUAACCAACAAAAGUUGGGUGGAUGUAUGAGGCGU